UGGAUUUGACUGUAGGUGAAAUGAAAAUUUUAAUUCAAAUCUCAUAAAAACUUUUGUAUUGCUUAAUGUUGUAUAAAUAACUAAUAUAGUGAGUGCAUUAUGUCGUACUUUGAAUUCUACACUAAGAAUUUAAGCAAACCUAUCGAAACAAACAGCACAGUGAUUGCCAAAGAUGUAAAUUCAGCGCCAAAAAACAAACCCAGAAGCAAAAUAAGCAAUGGAUUCAAUUCUGAAGCAUCCAAAGAUACUGAAAUUAUAAAAGGCAUUUGUCUAUCAAUGUGCCCUGAAGAUGAAGUUAAAAUGCGAGAAAAAGCCAGAAUGGUACAUGUUUUGGAGGUUAUAGAUGGUAAGAAGGUUUUGGUGAAAAGCUACAGCCGAUCUGCUGCAGACUCAAUGGUCGCCGUGCCACGGCUGCUGCGGCCCUAUGCGGUCCUCCAAGAUACUGUAGUACAUCUAUUACUAAAAAUAGCACAAAAAGAUACAAAUAUAACAAUUAUAUAUGACUUUGUGAGUGACCGUCUCCGAGCAGUGCGGCAGGACAUGACAGUGCAGAGGCUCUCGGCUAAGGAAUGCAUGGCUUUGUUGGAGCCCAUGAUACGCUUCCAUGUUUAUUUUGGUUAUAAACUAUGUGAAUAUCCAGUUAAAGCAUAUGAUCCAGUGUUGAACAAAAAAUUACUUCUAGAGUGUUUAAAGUGGUUCCUAAGCUGUAGUGACUCCAUGCACCAAACUCCAAAAGAUGUAACUACUGAGAUGGAGCAAUUAAAUCUGAACCAUAAUAUUACUAACAAUAAGAAUGAAAAUAUCUUUAAGUGUGACAAAGAGUUGGUGGAAAGUUUGUAUAUAUUAUGCAAUCUGGAUGAUGUGCAUCCCAUGUAUAGAUACUUGAAUUUGGCAAAUAAUUUGAAAAGUCACGCAGCUUUAAAGUUAGCAUACAAAAUAGCAGCAGCGAAUUGGAAAGGCAAUUUCAUUCAAGUGUGCAAGCAGCUGGAUAACCUCUGCCCGCUGACAUACUGUGCCUUGUGUUUGUAUCUGCCGACAUUGCAAAGGCGCGUCCUACAAGUAAUAAGCGCUGCAUACAACAGCAAGCAACUAGCAGUCCCUCUAAGUGCCUUGCGUGGCUGGCUGCGUGUGGACAGCGACGCCGCGGCGGCGAGCGCGUGCGCGCACUACGGGCUGGUGGCCAAUGACGGCGCCGUACGGUUUACUAAAGGAAACUUCAAGGCAGAUGUCGCUACGCAUCAGCCAACAAGAUUACUGCUCCUGGAUCAGAAAACGGAUCUCUCACACGAGCAUGUGUUCACAUAUCGCUCUGAAGAGUAUGCUUACGGUGCUUGAUAAACCACAAUUUACACCAGAAGGCGGGUCUCAUAAAACUGUUUCUGGUUGCAGAUAAUGGUGCUAAUCUUUUAUUUAACCCUUUUCUUGGCAAUGUAAUAUAUACAGGGCGAAAAAAUCGAAUGCCA